AUGAAAAUCUGUAUUGCACCCAUAGUUUUGUCAGCAUGGCUCACGCUCUUGGCCUACAGACUCUCAUCAUCAAGAAGAAGAAGAAGAAAGCAUGUACAGAUUCGUCAUCAUCACAACGCAAUCGGUGAACUACCGGAUUGUGUCCUGAUCUCCAUCCUCACGCUCCUGCCGGUCAAGGAUGCUAUUCGGACCAGCGUCUUGUCCAAACGGUGGACGACCCUUUACAAAUUUGUCGUCCACCUCAACCUCCACUGCCAUCACCUCGAUGAUGACCGUUAUAGAUUUGAUAUGGUCCAAGGAUAUGUGUAUCGCCAUUACAAUGUAGACAUCAGCUUCAUCACUCGUCGCCUUUUUAAAUCGAGCGCGAUCGAUAUCCAUCACAUAUCCUCAAAGUAUUUCGACUCCCGACGUGGUUCUAAAAUCCAUAGUCUUGUUUUCUGUUGUUGUCUGAUCAAAUCAUACCGCUACCCCUUUCCAUACAUGGGAGGAUUCCGGGCAUUCCUUAAAUAUCUAGAUAACACAGCCGGCAUUAAGAAACUUGUUGUUCAAUGUUGUUGUUCGGCACAGCCCUGCUGCCGUUAUUCGUUUUCUUGGGUCCACCUUCUUUCCUGUAUGCCCCGCUUGCGGUACUUGGAGUUUAAAUCGAUCUACACCUGGCCGUGCUUGCCCAAAUUGCAUACUAAUAUGUCCCUCCGGAAUCUGAGGUUGAGUAAAGUUACUCUACUCGACGGGGCACUAGACCUCAUCCUGUCGGCUUGUUUGGGCCUCUGCUCAUUGAGGAUGGAUUACUGUGAGUUUCGUUGUUCGAAAUUGCAUAUACGUGGGCCCAACCUUCGACUGGAGCAUCUCAACAUCGAGGAGUGCAGAGGGGUGCAGGAGAUCAAGCUGUGUGCCAACAAUCUUGUUACCUUUGAGUUCCAGAGCCACAGUAAAGUAGUCGAGCUCAUAUUCGACCAUGUCCCUCGGCUGCAGAGCAUGUAUUAUGAUGUCUUUCAACAAGACGUUAUGUAUCAUGUUUGUGUUAGACUUCCCUCUGAAUUGCCUACCAAUCAGCUCAACUCGUUAGCUUUGGUUAACAAAUACGAUAUCAGUAAACAUGUUAGCAAGCUUGCUCGGACUAACACAAAUAGUAACCUUAGACAAUUAAGGUUGCGGUUUUCUCAUACAGCCUACACAACUAUGCUUCUGGGGAUAAUUCCACUUCUUCGGACUUGCCCGCGCUUACUCGAGUUUCACUUGGAUACUGAAUCUGUGGAAACUGAUGCAAUGAGACCACCGACAGCAGAAACUCAUUCACACUUGAAAAAAGUGGAAAUAACAGGAUUUUGUGGAUCUAUAAACGAAAUCGAGUUUGCGUUGUACAUCCUUGAAAAUGCAACCUGUCUGGAGCAAAUGCAGAUAAGCCGGUGUCCCAAGUGGCACUCUGACAAGCCUCGGUGGUGUCAACAGACACGGGAAAACAUCCGCCAACAGUUGCAAGGCCGAGCUCUUUCGGAGACCGCACGAGUAACUAUUCGACAUUUUCCUGCCUACGAUGAUACUUGGUCGAAAUGCCAGACUGAUUAUGAUAGUCGUUGUCCUUGA